CCGCAGCUCCCGCCGGUGGCUCCGGGCGCAGGGGCCGGAGAGCCGCGCUCCCGCCGGGAACGGCAGGACCACCUGGGCCUGGUUGAAUCAGAGGGGUCAGUUUGCGUUUCAUUGGGUGAUGGGCUCAGGUUUUCUUCCGGGCACUCGAUGGGGACCAGCCCAGGCUAAACAUUCUGGAAACAAUCAAGUUAAUCUCAGAAGAGGCUGUUGGCCUGAAUUCCUGACCUAUCAGAGAGGGCGCAAAUGCACAGUCCAUAAUGCCUGAAGUCCGAGACCUUUCAGAUGCCUUGCCAGACGUGCCAAUGGAUCCUAUCACAGGCGUUGGGGUGGUUGCAUCUCGGAACCGGGCACCUACAGGUUACGACGUAGUUGCACAAACAGCAGAUGGCUUGGAUGCUGACCUCUGGAAAGAUGGCUUAUUUAAAUCCAAGGUCACAAGAUACCUGUGCUUCACAAGAUCGUUUUCAAAAGAAAAUAGCCAUUUAGGCAACGUCCUGGUCGACAUGAAACUAAUUGAUAUCAAGGACACGCUUCCUGUGGGCUUCAUCCCCAUCCAGGAGACAGUCGAUACACAAGAAAUAGCUUUCAGAAAGAAGAGGCUCUGCAUCAAAUUCAUCCCUCGAGAUUCUACGGAGGCUGCUAUUUGUGAUAUCCGAAUCCUGGGCAGAUCUAAGCAGGCCCCUCCACAGUACACAUUCAUAGGGGAACUUAACAAUAUGGGUAUUUGGUACCGAAUGGGCAGGGUUCCACGAAACCAUGACUCCUCGCAACCCGGGACACCUUCUUCCCAAGUACCAGCUCCAACCCCAGCUCCUAACCUUCCGAGGCACAUAUCUCUGACGCUUCCCGCGAGCUUUCGAGGCAAAAGUAACAACUCCCGACUCGACUUUGAACACCAGCACUCAAAUGUAUAUGCCAUAUCAGCCAUGGAUGGAGUGCCUUUUAUGAUCUCAGAUAAGUUUGCCUGCGCUCCUGAAGGGAUGCAGCAAGUUGAUCUCUUGGGCAUCACAAUCAAAUCCCUGGCAGAAAUCGAAAAGGAGUAUGACUACAGCUUCAGGACAGAGCAAAGUGCAGCUGCUCGGCUGCCCCCCAGCCCCACUAGAUGUCAGCAGAUGCCACAGUCCUGAGGAGCGAGGGAAGGCCGGCUCCCUGGAGAUGCGGCGCGUGCGCACAGAUACUACUGAUGGCAGGCGAGCCCUGAUGAGCAGUGUUACUGGAACCCUUCUCAGCAGAGGGACACUUCUCUAAUGACUUGCCUUCCUUCCUGCGCUUUCCCUAAUCAUUUUGUACAUGUUGUUUCUGAGAUUUGGACUGUGUUAACCCUUUCUGCCAGGCGCCCUCACCCCUUAGCCCUGCUGGGGCAAUUCCUGGUCAGGAGUCCCUUAGUCAGAGCUUGACACACAGCUUCCUCAGUUCUUCCUGCUUUGUAGCACCUGCUGCAGCAUGCUCACUGCAAUACAGAUCUGGAGUGAAAUGCUGCAAGCCUUGAGCCCCGGCUUGUGGGGAUCUGGAGAGAUUCCCAGCAAUGAGCCUUGCUAGGAUAGAGUGUUUGGGGAAAAGAGGCUAAAAAUACAGCCACUUAGUCCACAACUCACAGAAUGCACCAGCUUCGACUGGGAACUAAGGCGCAGCAAGAUCAACUGCCCCAGUUGCCCCUCUCAGUAUAGCAGGGCUCUCUAGUUUGUGCAGGGUCAGCGUUCCGGAGCCCUUUCAAGUCCUUAGAUCAGCAAGCUAGCCCUGAGUAAUGGUAAACCCUUCAUCUGCCUCUCCAAGUCAAGACUGCCCAACAGCUCACCCGUGGCCAGGAUACACCUGAGACCUUAAUGGUUUUUGUUAUUUUAGCCAGGGUCGCUCGCUCAGUUCCACUUAGGGCUCUCUCCCAAGUCGCUGGCAAAGUGGAGUAGCUCGAAGAGCACAGGGAUCUCAGUGGCGCCUCUCCCUGGCGCAAAGGCUGCUUGUCCAUUGCCUGAAAGUAGAGGAUUGUGGCAAAUGUUGUGUAGCUCUCUCUGGCUAUGGAGAGCAAGCCAGCCAGACCUCUGCAAUGCCAUCCUGACUUCUCCCAGCCACCCAAAAGCUUUGCCACGGCACCUGCCCAUAAAGUGCGCAUUGGAACCUGCCAGUUACUUUGGCAGUUUUCAAACAUUUGCCCCUGCUGGCUGCUAAAAGGAAAGAGAUUUGUGCACUCCGUCCCUGCACACUGCUGCACUCGGGGGGGAAAUGCUAAAGCCUGAUCUUGUUGGACAAGGCUGAGAUAGUUCCACUGGGCAAGUGUCUGAUGCAUUAAACCCUGACCUCAGCAUGCUCACAAGUGGUGUCCCUGACUCACUCCUGAGUCAAAUGCAUGUCUUGGUGAAGUCUGUUGCUGUGAUAAGUUCUUUAGAAGCAUUCAUCUGAGCUCUGUGCUGCUUUUCAAGUCUGCUGUGGAACAAAACUACGUUACAGCAGCGAAAUGGCAUUUUUUAAAAGUAAGUGUUAAAGUGUGCAACUUUUUGUAUUGUAAAAGACAGGUUGUCUAACCCUAUUAAAAUGCAAUUGCCAUAGUAACAAAUACUGGUAUGGUAGCUCUGGGUUUGGGUUAUUCAGACCUGCUUUGCACUGCUUUUGACUUUCCUGAGUUCUCUAGUCUAACAGAAUGUUGACUAAUAGUAGGUUUUGUACUGUUGGUUUGUGUAUUUCGUAUUUGUAUAUAUGUAAAAUAUUUCUUGUCCAAUGAUCCAUUUCUGGUUUCAAAGCACUGUACCAUGUUUCUGGGGGGAAAUAAGUGCAAAACACCAUAGCAUUCUGGGUAGAACCCAAUUCAGGUUCUCUGCUUUGACUCUCCAGACCAGUCUCUUUUUUCCUGACUGCCUCUUAGAAACCAGCUCUGUUGUUGGAAGAAUGGGCAUAUAUGGUUAUAAAAGGGUAGGUCUGAGCACAAGAUUUAAGACCUGUAAUAUUUGGCAUCAGCUGUGUAGGCCUGGGUGACUCCCACAAGGUGCUCCUUUCCUUUAGGGUUCCAAAGUGGCUUUUAGUUCUUAUUUUCUGCUGCAGGAAAGCAAAGCCAGCCUUUACUGCCAAGCUUCACAGAGGCUAGAUUGAUGGUGCUGACAUCAACCAAUGAACAUAUCACGGAAGCUAGCGCAGUCAGCCUGGUCAUUCUGCUCAGGUUCACUUGAAGUUCAAACUCACUCCACACUGCAGUCGUUUGUCCAUCCCAUCCAUCUCGUGUGUUUCCGACCUUUCAGCUGUCUGUAACUUGUCCUGUAGUUCAUUGUAGAUCAAUUUGUAGCUCCCUCCUUGGCUGAGGGCAGCUUUGUGGACGUAUCAGGGAGUAGGUAUGUUAGUCUGUAUCCACAAAAACAACAAGGAGUCCGGUGGCACUUUAAAGACUAACAGAUUUAUUUGGGCAUAAG